AUGACAGACAUCAGGCCAGAUGGCUAUGCUCGCCUUGCGUCAUCGAUGGGGGCCUAUCCUCAGCUUGAUAAGUUGCAACGAUUUUUGCGUCUAAAUACUCUUAAUUUGCUGUUUAUGCAAGCCGAGUUGAAGAAUCUUCUCGUUGAGCUUAAUAAGCGGUUCAAAACGAGCUUAGGAUAUUUGGAUUGGAGCUAUCAAGUGGAGGAAGCCCGAAGAUAUCAUAUCCAUGAAACUUUUUCUUUUGUGACUUUCUUAUAUUCUGACAAUGACGGAGGUAAACGCAAAAUAAUCCGAGUUCCGCCAGUCAUUCCUGAGAACUUGGUCUUGUCGCUCAUACUCGUUCAUAUUGAAUCAGACAGCGACAGAGAUGACGAUAAACCCCAUUACGGAGACCUCAUGCGAAUAUCCAGCAGCACCUGCAGGACUCGAAACUCGCCUAUAUAUACCCACCGCAACCAGAUGAGCGGUGCUUUCAUGCAAUUCAUGACGGAGAAUUAG